UAAUCCUUCCUACAGGUAAACCUAGUGUGAGCGAUCUAAAAUUACACCAACAUAUUCUUUCAAAGAAGCCAUUUAAUUAAUCAGUAAGUACAAAAGAAAAAGAUACAAGCGAUCGAGAGAAAGAAAUUGCAGGGUUUUAUUAGGAUCACCAAGUAGGGAAGGAGCUUGUUUUCCUGUCUCAAUUUGUUUGGAACUGAGCGUAGUUGUUAUUGUACCCGAUAAUAUGGAAGGAGGUACAGUUGUGAUUGGUCAUCGGUUUUGUUCUCCUCAGCCUCUUCAACUAUCCAUAAAAAAGAAAAUAUACAUCCUGGCUGGCUAUGGAUAUGAAGUUAAAGAUGCUUAUGACAACAUUGUCUUCACCAUUGAAAAAGUAUUGGGGUUCUUUCGUAGCAACAAGAUGCUUGUCUUUGAUGCUGCUGGAGUUCCACUUGUCACUAUAAAAAGCAAGAAAUUUACGUGGCAUAGUAGAAAGCAAGCCUUUAAGGGAGACAGCACAGACAAAAAGGACCUCAUUUUUAGUGCCAAGACUUCUUCAAUGUUCCAAUUCACCACAAAAUUGGAUGUUUUCUUAGCCAAUAAUAUAUCAGAAGAAGUUUGUGAUUUUUGGAUGAAGACCAACUACAUGGAGUCAACUUGUGAUAUUUUUGCUGGACAAUCAUCCACUCUAAUAGCUCGGAUGAAAAAGAAAUAUAUAUUGCUAGGAAGAGACAAGUUGAUAAUGACAGUGAACCCAAACGUGGAUUAUGCCUUCAUAGUCUCACUUAUAGUUAUCCUCCAAGAGAUUUUGAGCUCAACACAAAACGACUCGGUCUAGUCAUUAAUUAAUAUAAUUCCUCAUCAAACUAAUUAAUGGAUUUUACCAUUUCUUUGACAAUAGUUAAUGUGCUUCCUCUCCUUGUUCAAUAACUUGUAGAUAUAUAUGGACAUACUUUUUAGCUGCCAUGUUUAAAUGUUGGUCAUUUUAUUUAUUGUUUUACCUCAUU